AUGGUUCGAGAUUUGACAAUUAAAAUAGCAAGAGAAGAAGAUUUCUGCAGUUUCGAUGGAAAUGGAAAGCAUAUUGCUAAUGCUGGCUCUCGUAGACUUGGAGUCACAAAAGAGACAAAGUUCCAGACCCUCCGAGGAAACUCAAAGCUCAGGGCAUUACUUUUAACCGCAACCGAUUACAUCGGUUUCAAUAGUAAUAUUGAAUUGGCUAACGUCAAGUCUCUCCGGGUACUGGACUUCUCACAUGUCAAACUAGACAGCAUUUGUAUGAAAGAUCUCUGGCAUUGGAUCACUUCCCUUACACGCCUAGCUUAUUUGAGCCUCAGGUAUGUUGCACAAUUGUCAGAAAUCCCAAACUCAGUCGGUAAACUAUGGGGCCUUCAAGUUCUGAUUCUGGGAGAAUGUAAGGAUCUCAAAAAUCUUCCCCCAUCAAUUGUUAACCUUCCAAGAUUAAUUAUCUUGGAUGUUGGCAACUGCCCAAAUCUUCAGUGUCUACCACAAGGAUUUUCGAGACUUUCCAAACUCCAGGAGCUAUACGGAUUUAAGAUAGCUGGCACUGGCAAUGCUGCAGGUUCCCACCUUGGAGAGCUGAAGGCUUUGACUGAACUUCGAGUCCUGCAGAUGGACAUAACUGAAGAAAGCACAAUCAAUGAUCAGGAAUUGGAGAUCUUAGCACAGCUAGAGAAACUAAAGAUUUUGUCGAUCAAUGCAGGUGAUUGCGAAGACGAGGACAUUUUAAGCAAAUUGAAUAAAUUGUCACCCCCUUCUUCCAUUGAGGAAUUGUAUCUGAAGCAUUAUGUUGGAGAAACUACACCAGGAUGGAUUAAUCCGAAGUCACUUCGACAACUGCAGUAUCUUUGUAUGGAGGACUCUAGAAUAAAUAAGAUGAACCAAGAUUUUUGGGGAGAUGAAGAACAUAAAUGGGAUGUCAAAGGGUUGUGUUUAAAGUUCUGCCAAAGGCUUGAGGUGUCAUGGGAAGAAUUGCAAGCAGUGAUGCCUGAGAUCAGACACCUGGAGGUCAGCCAAUGCAACCUACUGGUCUCAUUUCCUUGUGAUGUUAAGUCUGUGGGGUUCUGGUGCAAGGGCGAAAAGAAAAAAGAUGUGCGUCGGAGGAUGUUUUCAGUCAAGAAGAUUGAAAGCAGCUAG